UCGAUCAUGGCACUGUGCAUAACAUAAACAAAUUUUUGACAUUUUAGAGUUUGUCAAGCAGAAAUAAAAGUGACGCUAUUUUCCAAGAAAGGAAGAUACCUAGAAAAGGAGAAGAAGAGGAAACAGAUCUGAAAAUGUUUGUGCAAAUAAUAUUAAAACUGCACACGCAAGUAGUUUUUUAAGAUAUAUUAUUGCUUACGUUACGUGUAUAUUUUAUUAGCAAUGCCAAAUCGUGAUGAUAAUGCUGACAAGCGUGUUAAAGGAAAGAGUAACAGUCGUAGAAACUUAAAUGCAGAAAAUGAACUGGAGCCAGUGCACAAACCAUUACAUCGUCAUAGACGGGUCCAUAAGGCAAAGCAUUCAAGAAAUAACGAUGCGCUUGGAGAAUUGAUGGGUAGGAAUGGAAAUAGUGAUAGUGCUGUGCUACCUAAGAAAAAUGGCAAACGUUGCAUUCAAAGGGAUAUUGAUAAAUUGGUUGAAGAAAAUCGAAUAUUAACAAUGAGACUUGAAGGCUCUGACAUAGAUCCUGAAACUUUUGCAAAAUUGAAGGAAAAGGAUUCCGUAAUGUCAAGAAUCUGCAAUAAGUAUCACAAGUUGUUGAGAGAUCGUGAGGAGCUUCAGCAAGAAUGCGAGAAGCUGAAUGCUCUAUUGGCAGAACAUGAAACAGAAUAUCGCCAACUGCACAUACAUCACAAGGAAUUUAUAGAGGCUUUACAAAAAGCUGAGAAAACAAAGGUCAAUCUUCUAGCAUUCAAUCAAAGAUUCAAGGUUGAAAAUGUUCAGUUAAACGAGGAUGUACUGCUUCUUAAAAAUGUGAUAUAUCGAUUAAACGCAGAGCUAGAGAGGUAUCAAGAUAAAUUAAGGGAAUCUGGCCAAAGUGUUGCAGCCAAAGAUAUUAACGAUAUAUUAGACUCUAAGGCGCAAGCCAACGACAUUAAAAAGGUAUUGGAGUCAUGGGGUUCUGUGAAUACUCAUGUACUAGGCCCGCUUUUAGAUGCUUAUCAGGAAAGUCUGUCAGAGAAACAGGAGCUUAUAAACAAAUAUGAGGAAGACAUCGCGAAUUUCGGCGCUAGAUGUAAGGAGGUUAUUGCGGAGAAUGAGUCCAUGCAAAGUGAAAUGGAGAAGCUCAGAUCACAGUGUACCAAGUAUGCGGACGAAAUCAAGAUGAUAUCCGAGGACGCUGAUCUGCUUAAGGAAUUAAAUGAGUGUUACGCGAAACAGACAGUUCACCAGAAGCAAAAGAUUCACGAGAUCCAUUCUUUGUAUGAGCAAAAGGUGGAGACGAUGUCGUUUGACAACACUAGACUUCACGAGGAGUGUCUUACUUCCAAGACGGAGCUGAGUAAUCUCCAAGGGAAAUAUGAUGUUCUUCACAAAGAAUAUGAGAAGCUGCAAAAUGACAAUACAAAAACGAUGCCUAUCGACGUUCACAAUGCUGCAGUCGAGGAAUGCAAAGAACUGUUUGAGAAAUUGAAACGUCAAUACGAGACUGAAAAGGAAAAGCUAUCCACUCGUAUUAAAGAAUUGGAAGAACUACAUUGCCAGAAUAAAACGCAAUUGGACGUAGUUACUAUAGAGAAAAAUCAAUUGAAAGUAUCGAAUAAAAAUUUUGAGAAGAAUUUGAAACGAACGCAGCGGAAACUGGAGCAUAUUCAAAAGAUCGCGCAUUCCGUGCAAGUAUCUCGUGAUUCUUUCAAGAAGCAAUUAAAGAAGACUGCUAUGUAUUGUGAGGAAUUGUUUAACGAAUACGAGAGGACAGUCGCCGAGCGGGACAAGCUGGUUUCUCUUCUGCACGAAACAGAAAACGAAAAUGCGAGUAUUCAUUUUCUCGGCGAUACCAUCACACAACGUGUGGGUCAUUUGAAGAAGCAAUUAAAGGUCGUACACGAGGGUGCCAAGCAACAAUUGGAGAUGGCGGAGAAAAGUAUGAAAGUACAGCAGCUCGGAGUGCAUCGGAUGAAAGAUGAAUACCAGCGAGAACUGCAACGCCUCAAGCACUUGGUGAGACAGAAAGAGGAGGUGAUCGGGCGACUGCAGAAAGAGAUCUGCGCCACUCGUGAGAAUUUAGAACUCAUUUGGAAAGCUACUGCUACAGAUCAGAAAAAAGUUAAGGGAGCGUUGAAAAAUGUAAAGAUUCAGCAUGUCUGAAGUAUGUCUCGGACAGAUUAUUUGACGAAAAUAAUGUAAAAUAAAUAAUACUACCGUUCAGCACGACAAAAAAAAAUUAACAUAUAAGUAUUAUUGCGAACGAAUAAUAUUUAUUUGGUCUAAACAAUGCAUCAGAAACAAAACUGAUUAACUCAAGAAUACUUUAUCGACUAAGUAAAAGGAAGAACUAGUCAUUAUUGUGUACAAUCUUUGCAAUUUGUUACAUAUAUUGUUAUAUAUCUAUGAUUGCGAUAGUUGUAUCGUUUUCUCUCUACUCAAUAAACAGAAGUAAAAUAUCGAGA